CUCGACUGACAAGGUAGCAUAUUUUUGAUAUGCUAGCAGACUAGCCAGACUUGGAAAAUAUUGAUAGAUUUAUAUGCUAAGACAGUAUUAGAUAUGGAAAAUAAUGGCUUUAUCGCGGAUGGUAUGAAAGAUGAUUCCCUGCAGACAAAUGGGUAUACAUGUCAUGCCCCGACAGACACUACCAAAAUGAAUGGUCAAAUCAGUGAACAUACCACGCUUCCUGUAAAGACUUAUGAAAAUCAUAUUUCUGAACCUAAUGGUAUGGUUAGUCACAAUUUACAAACUAAGGAAGGCAAAAUGAACAAUGCCAAUGACGCAACAGGUGUUGAUAAAGACUUGGCAUAUCUAGAUGACUUUGAAAAGAAGAAAAAGGCUCGGAGAGAUCAAGACCCCCUAAAGUUUUGCAGCUUUAUUGUAAACAAUCCAAAAUUAGCUUUCGCUGUCACUCUCGGUGGGCAUGGCUUUCUGGUGUUGUUGAGUCUGAUACUUCUGUUGGCCGGUUAUAAUUUGUUCCCAGCCGAAUUCAUCAUCAUGCCGCUUGAUAUCAACGGAAACGAGAGGUUGCGUUGGCUGGCAUGGGAGUCAAGAAAUAGCAACACGAGCGUCAUUAAACGUUUCACUUGGGACACCAUUAUGCCCGAUUGGCCACGCGGAGGAGUUGAAGAUACUUUGGAACUAUUUUAUAUUGCGAGAGGAGACAAUAUCUUCACACGGGAUAAUUUACUCAUUAUGGAAGACAUAGAAAAUCGAAUUUUUAAUGCAACAGACUUCCAAGAAAAGUACUGUCAACUGGGUCCAGGUAGAGUUUGUAUAAAACCAUUUUCAAUUCUUAGAUAUUUCGAUGGAACUUAUCGAUCAUUAGACGAGGGAUUUUACGACCCUGAAUUCAACAACAUAACUGGUGUACUAUACCUUGCUAGUAUUCAUCCCCAGACCCUUGAGAACUUUAUAUUCUUUAUGGCGCAUGACACACAGAUAAAUGGAAAGGUUGCGAAGUCAAAACAAACAAGAUCAGUGAUAACAAUCGGUCGACCUUUGCGCCAAAAUGUAUCUGACGAUGAUCUUUAUGAACAUAUACGAGACUAUUUGCUCGCAACGUUUAACCCAAUCUUGACUGAAAUGCAAGAGAAGCACAAAGAACAUGUAGAAUUGGUUCAUUAUUCCAUGUAUAUGUUUGUACCACAGAGUAGAUGGCAAGUGUUUAGAGACAUGAUUCUCAUCGCUGGUUCUUUGGUUUUCAUAUACCUUUUCAUUCUUGUUCAAACUAGAUCAUUCUGGGUGACGUCAUGGGCGGUUCUCUCAGUUUUCACUUCCUUUUUGGCAACAUGUAUCAUCUACCGCAUUGUAUUUGACUAUAGAUAUUUCGGCUACUACCACAUUAUAACCAUCUUCCUUAUCCUUGGUAUCGGUGCUGACGAUUUCUUCGUAUUUUUCAACACGUGGGAAGCUAAUAAGAUAUACAAAUAUAAAAGCAUUGCCCACAGAAUGAGCGACACCUAUAGGAGAGCCUCUGGGACUAUGUUUUACACUUCAUUGACAACAUCUGCAGCGUUUCUGACUAAUGCAAUAUCCCCCCUUUUAGCAAUAUAUUCUAUGGGCAUAUUUGCAGCAACGUUAAUAGCCAUCAAUUAUAUAAGUGUCAUAACAUUUUUCCCAACCGUCGUCUACACUUGGCAUGUGUUCUUCGAAAGCAAACCCUGCUGUUGCGGAUGCUGUAAAUGCUGCAGAAAUAAUAAACACGAAGAGGAAGAAUCAAGUGAAAUCAAAGAGGUUAACACAGAAAAACAACAUCCAGUCACCAAAUUCUUCAAAGGUCCAUAUUUCCGUUUCAUCACUCAUCCCAUUGCAAGAUGGAUUAUACUUGCCAUGUACACACUUCUGUUUGGCUUUUUCCUGUAUUGGCUUACUAGGCUCAGGCCAUCUGCAGAAACGAUGCAAAUCUGGACACAAAAUACAAACUACGCUCGAGCGAAUCACCUUGUUAAUCGCGUGUUUAUCCCAGCAUCAGAUGAUCUUCUGGAGGUAUACAUUGUGUGGGGGAUCAAACCACGUGAUAUGAGUAGAUGUCACCAUAGUGAUGUCCAUUGCUAUGGGGACCAGGUUUGGGACGAGAAGUUUGAUUUGAACACACCUCCCGUACAAUUCGCACUUUUGGACUUGUGUAGACGACUACAUAACCUGAGCAACGAGGAAAUAGACAAACUUAGGAUUAGAAGGGAUCCUGUCACAGAUCAGCUACAAAUAUCAUGUUUCAUGGAACACUUGGAAAAGUAUAUGCAGGAAUUGCAGAACUUCACACUGCCAGAAUUACCAGAACUACCCGACUUGCCAGCGUCUAUGCAACUUAACAAAGAGGUAAACAUUGGGAAAAUGGAGUUCCCAUUGAGCCAAGGGAACGUGAGACCAUUCAUGGAGGAACAGCCAUUCUUCUACAACAUGUCAACUAUCACCAAAUCCUUCUAUAGAUACUUUGAGAUCAUGAUCUCCCAUUGGUUGACCAACAGUUACACGAUGAUGUCAACUGAUGAAUACAGAACGUUUAAUCCACUGAUCGGAGAGGAGCCAGAUGGUAGUAAUACUCAGAAGGUGGUCUGGAUGGAUCAGUUGAUACCUGACUUUAAGCCAGCAUCCUACUAUGGUACAAAACUGAAAUAUGCUGCUAUAAGAGUGAACCUGACAUUGAGCUACAUAGGACUGGGCUACUCAGAGGCAUUACCUGUCAUUGAAGACUGGGAUAAAUUUGUUGAUAAACAGUUGGCGCAGAUGCCCCCUCAAUUAAAGGAUGGCUUCCAAACCGGUUCUUUCUGGCAUUGGAUGAAGGUCCAGGAAAGUUUGGUUAUCAACGCAGUUAGUGGCGUCGUCAUUGGGUUGUGUAUUGCAUUACCUAUCCUGAUUAUCGCCACCCACAACUUGAUCGUGGGGAUAAUAGCGUCGCUGGUGAUAUGUAUGAGUACCGUAUGUGUGUUGGGGUUAGUGCCACUAAUGGGGGCAACGUUGGGGGUGAUGACAUCGUCGACCAUGUGUCUCGUAGUAGGUCUAACAGUGGACUACGUGGUGCACUUGGCCGAGUCUUACCAUCUAUCCCCUCGUAAGGAUCGCAAGGGACGCGUCCAAGACGCCUUAGAAUCAAUCGGCAUCUCGAUCCUGUGGGGCGCCCUCACAACCAUCGGUGCUUCCAUAUUCAUGUGCUUCGGACGGAUUAUUUAUUUUCUCCAAUUUGGACUGUUCAUGAUCAGCACUAUAGGGUUCGCCUUGCUUUUCUCUCUUGGGUUCUUAACAACUUUUCUUGCGUUGUUUGGACCUGAGGGGGAAACUGGGUCAAUUGAUCCCAUGAAGGAGUGGCUGGUUAAUCUGAUAAAGGGCAAGAAGAAGACAGAUGUACCUUGCGAACACUGUGCUGGUAGAGGCUUUGUGCAAGACAAACUCAGCGAACUUGUUGCACAUAAAUGUGAACAGACAACUCUAUAGACCGAAAUCUAAAUUAAAGAGCUUUUCUAAUCCGUAUCGUUGACUCGUACAUAUUUUACAGUCAAAAUUGAAACAAUGCCUACAGAAAUGUUACAUGUACAAAAGAUGUUAAUAGAAAAAUGCAAAACAACUUAUAUAUAUUUAUAACUAAUGUACAGGCUUUAAGUAAAUAAAAC